CGCUGCCGCCGGGCAUGGGCGCGCACGCGGGGGCGCCGGGGCCCGUGCUGGGGGUGGGCGCGCGGUGCCGGCGUCGCGACGCGCACCUCGGCGCCUGCCUCACGCGAUCCGCCAACGCCUUCGCGCGCCGCCUGCGCCGCGGCGCCCCCGAGCUGGGCUACCCGCAGGCGGAGCCCAUCAUCAUCGACGAGGUGGCCAUCCGCCUGGGCGGCGGCGACGACGGCUACCGCGCCGACUUCAGAGACAUCCACGCCUACGGGGUCUCCAACCUCACCGUCACCAACGUCCGGUCGGACCUGGACACGCUGCAGUUCCAGCUGAGCUUCUACGUGCCGCGCAUCUCCGCCAGAGCGCGCUACCGCAGCAGCGGCAAGCUGCUCAUGAUGCAGGCGUCGGAGGGCGUGCGCGCCAAGGUGUACUUCCGAGCGCAUCCUGUGGAGGGCCGCGACCUGCGCCCGCACCUCGUGGUAGACGACCUCAAGAUGGACUUCAGCGUCAAGGACAUCCGCAUGGGCAUCGAGAACCUGCACAACGGAAACACCAUCCUCCAAGCUGCUCUAAACCUGUUUAUCAACACCCAUGCCCAAGAUCUUCUGAAGGAAAUGAAGCCUGACUUGAAGCGGAAACUGAUGGUUCUCAUGCGAUCGUUCAUGGAGAACUUGUUUAAUCGUAUCCCAUAUGAUGCAUGGAUUGCAGAAUGAAUAUAACUUCUCAUGCACUGUGGAAAUGCAUUGUACAUGCAGCAGACAUUUACUUGCAGCACAAUACACUUGUGAAGUGGAACAGAAGACGUGUCUUAUUGUGAGUGUGGUAUGAGGACAUGUAAGGCAAAUGAAGUUGUGUUCACAGGGUAUGUAAUUUAUAUUUUGACGCAUAUUGUGUCAAUGUGUUUCAGAAAUAAUUUUAUUGUUGAUAAUGCUGCGAAUAUGUUGUUAAAUUUAUGUGGGAUUUGAAUCCAAAGCAAUAUAUUUAAAAUCUCUUAUUUGAUCUGUUUAGUGAUGGUUGACAGACCUGGAAAGUAAGAUAUGAAUUUAAACAAAUGUUUUUAGUUUUCAGUAGUCUUUCACAAGAUUUGUAGAACAAAAAAAUGUGAAGAACAAGUAUUGUUGUAAUUUAUUAGUUGAUAUUUUCAGGAUGUCAAUUUUCUACAUUUACAUUAAUUUCAGUCUGAGUAAUCAAACUAUUAUUUGGCAAUAUAUGUUGUUUAUGUUGUUGUUAAAUUACUUUGGUCAACUUCUCAGCGUAUGUAUAAUCCAUUCAUAUCAAGCCAAAAAUGUCAGGCAAUUACUAUAGUUUUAUUCUCAAAAUAAAAAUAUAAUUAAAUAAGCUUAGUGUAUUGUCAUGAUUAUCCUAUAAUAAUCCUAAAUGGAUUCACAGAAUAAUACAGUGCACCAGGAACGUAUCUUUGCAGUAC